GCUCUGCUAGUCCAUUUCUCCACCAAACUUCCAAACCCUAGUUUUCGUGCCCUAAUCUCCCACAGCCAUGGAAGCCUCGACGGUUCUAUCACGCAUCGGACUCGCGGGUCUCGCCGUGAUGGGCCAGAACCUCGCCCUCAACGUCGCCGAGAAAGGCUUUCCUAUCUCAGUCUACAACAGAAGCACCUCCAAGGUCGACGAAACCAUUGAACGAGCCAAGCAAGAAGGUAACCUACCUCUCACCGGUCACCAUUCCCCUCGCGACUUCGUCCUUUCCCUGCAACGCCCCAGAUCUGUGAUUAUCCUCGUCAAGGCCGGAUCCCCCGUCGACCAGACUAUCUCCAAUCUCUCCCAAUUCAUGGAAUCCGGAGACUGCAUCAUCGACGGUGGUAACGAGUGGUACGAGAAUACCGAGCGCCGGAUGCGAGAAGUUGCAGACCGUGGUAUCCUUUACCUCGGAAUGGGCGUUUCCGGCGGCGAAGAAGGCGCCCGAUACGGCCCUUCUCUAAUGCCCGGCGGGUCUUACGAUGCUUACCUAAACAUCAAAGAUAUCGUCGAGAAGGUUGCCGCCCAGGUCGAGGACGGCCCUUGCGUCACCUAUAUCGGUGAAGGUGGCUCCGGAAAUUUCGUCAAGAUGGUUCACAACGGCAUCGAGUACGGUGAUAUGCAAUUGAUUUCCGAAGCUUACGACGUCUUGAAGGUCGUCGGUGGGUUAUCCAAUUCGGAAUUGGCCGACAUCUUCGCCGAAUGGAAUAGAGGUGAGCUCGAAAGCUUCUUGAUUGAGAUCACUGCUGAUAUUUUCAGGGUUAAGGAUGAACAUGGGGACGGUGAGUUGGUGGACAAGAUCUUGGAUAAGACCGGUAUGAAGGGUACCGGAAAGUGGACAGUCCAACAGGCGGCGGAGUUGUCGGUUGCUGCACCCACUAUCGCUGCUUCCUUGGAUUGCAGGUAUCUGAGUGGGUUGAAAGAGGAAAGAGAAGCAGCAGCCAAGGUCCUCGAAGAUGCGGGCAUGAGAGGCGAUGUGUUGAAGGUGAGUGGUGGAAUCGAUAAGAAGCGGUUGAUUGACGAUGUGAGACAGGCGUUGUACGCUUCCAAGAUAUGCAGUUACGCCCAGGGAAUGAAUUUGUUGCGAGCUAAAAGCAUCGAGAAGGGUUGGAAUCUAAACUUGGGGGAAUUGGCUAGGAUCUGGAAAGGCGGCUGCAUUAUAAGGGCUGUGUUCUUGGAUCGGAUCAAGAAGGCUUACCAGAGGAAUCCUCAAUUGGCGAGCUUGGUGGUUGAUCCAGAUUUUGCCAAGGAGAUGGUACAGAGGCAAGAGGCGUGGAGAAGGGUUGUAGGAUUGGCAAUUCAAGCAGGGAUUAGUACUCCAGGAAUGUGUGCCAGUCUCGCUUACUUCGACACUUACAGGCGUGCGAGACUUCCUGCUAACCUUGUGCAGGCGCAGAGGGACUUGUUUGGUGCUCAUACUUAUGAGCGGAUUGAUCGUCCCGGAUCGUUCCAUACCGAAUGGACAAAGCUCGCCAGGCAGAAGUAAGGGUAACGGUUCUUUUAACUGAUGGGUUUCGUUUAUAGAUUUUUUUUUUUUGUUCUCAAUUGUUGGGAAUCGAGGUUUGCAAUUUCAGUCUAGCCAUGGACAUUAUCGAGGUUUGCAAUUUCAGCUCAACUGCAUUGAUAAAAUAAUUGAUGUAUCUGCCCAUUAAUUGAGCUUUUACCAGCUCAGAAUAUGUUUUCAAUUGGCUUCUCUCUUCAUCGAAACUUGAAAUGGAGGAGAUACAUAAAUUGCAGAGUUAGUUUUCUU